GUGUACGUCAGCAGCCCGGCAAGCCUCUCUCACACUCACACACACAAGUGGAAAUAAAAGUAGCUGCUCCACUACACACCUUAAGGGUGCACAUGGAAGCUCAUUGCGCUGCGUUGAACUUUUACGCACGGCAUUUCUGUCUUGACGCGCCACUGGAGUCCACUUUUUAACCCUUUUCCCGCCACAACUUUGCUCGUCCUGGAGUUUUCCCCCCCUAGAUAUUAUAAUUUAAGAACGAUUUCCGCGAUGGUAUCGACGCACCUGCCUCUGUUGAUGUUCAACUGUUUCCUCGCUGUGGCGUCUGUCAGGAUGGCGCAUAGGAGCGCGCAGGACGCAAGCUUUCCGCAGUCCUCCUCCUCGGGUGACGUGGAUCAAGACGUGGUUCUCCAGCAUAUGUCCAAACUGUAUGAGAGAUACAACAGCGAACAGCACAUCAAAGAGGGGAACACGGUCAGGAGCUUCAGAGCAAGCCAAGUGCCCUCUGACCUCAGGACAGUGUACCACCUAAACCUUACAACCCUCCAGGACUCGGAGGUCAUCCUCUCAGCCACAUUCCACUUCCUGUUAGGACGUCUCCCUCCUCCAAAGGCCUGGAUGUGUAAACGCUUCAAGAGCCCAUCCUGCCGUCCCUCUGCCACGCACCCAUCUCCGUCCAUCAGCCUGCUCUUUCGCGCUACCUCCUCCGGGUCAGGGGUCAGUUCUGGGUCAUUGGGGUCAUUCCUUGGCAAUGCGACCUUCCAUCCACACAGGAGAGGGGUGUGGCAGAUGAAAGACGUGACCCAGGUCAUAAAGAAGGCGCGGGACAAGGGUCACCUCCUAGUGUCAGUGGAGUUGGACUUAGGGCAGCAUUACCAGAGAAAGGCAGAGGAAUCAGGCAUGUCGUACCUGGUAGUCUUUGCAGAUGACCAAGCCUUGGCAGAGCCUAACAGUGUGGCCCCAAGCCUUCAGAGGUAUGACCCAUUAUCAGACAGAGUAGAGCCCUCGCAGUCCCCUCACCUCCUACAAGGACCCAAUUUCUUACCAGACUUGAAAGGACGCGUGAGGCGGGAAGCAACUUCUCUCCCAGACUCCAUUGAGAACAAUGAGCUGCCUGAGGUAGACUAUCGGCUUGAUGGAUACAGGAAGGACGACCUUUGGGAGAGCUUGUGGUACCCGGCAAUCAAACCCAAAAUGAAAGUGGGAAAGCAGGAAAAGAAAAGAAAGAGCCAAGAAGAAGGAGUCCAGCAAGGUAGAGGAGGGCAUCACAGAGAAGAAUCAAGUAAAAGAACAUCAGACGAGCCCAAAUCUCAAGACUCAUUUGUGAGGAGACACAAAGAUAGUCGAACUGAAGUUGUGGACAGUCGAAGGCACGAGCACAGACAUGAGGGGAGGGAUGGCAGGAAGCACAAAAAGGGCAGUGCUCACCCUCGCUCACAAAUCUUGAGUUUUGAUGAACAAACCAUGCGUAAGGCCAGGAGAAGGCAGUGGGGAGACACCCGGCACCAAGGAUGCUCCAGGAGGAACCUCAGAGUGGAUUUUGCAGACAUUGGCUGGAGCGAAUGGGUCAUCGCACCCAAGGCCUUCGAUGCCUACUACUGCUCGGGCACAUGUGGAUUCCCCAUGCCCAAGGUGGUGAGGCCCUCGAACCAUGCCACCAUCCAAAGCAUAGUCCGAGCUGUUGGGAUCAUUUCCGGAGUUCCGGAACCCUGCUGCGUACCGGAGAAGAUUAGUCCUCUGGCAGUGCUCUACCAAGAAGAAUCCAAGGAUCUAGUACUCAAGAUUUACCCUAAUAUGUCUGUUCAGUCGUGUUCCUGCAGAUAAGACCACAACAAUGAAGGUGGAGGACAGAACAGGAAUAACACUUACCUCUGUUACAUGUUUUUUGGAUUUGACAUAACAGUCACUCUUGCAAUGUUAUACCUACAGGAACAUAGGCUGUACAACAUUCAUUUCCAUGUAGUCUGUCAAGUGACUGCAGACUCUCAGAGACUUUUUAAAGACUAUUAUCUACCUUGGCGAGAGGUGAAUUGGUGUUCACGUUUUCUGUGGAGACAAAAGCUGUAGUGAAAGAAAUCAAUAUGUCGCAGUGAUGCUCACACAUAGCAUAAAGUUAUUUCUAUAUUUAUACUUCGUACACACUUUUAAGGCAUCUCUUCAACAUCGUAUUUCCAACGCUGUUUGUUCUGUCAAACCACAUCUUCUAUUAUUAAGAAAUAUUUUCUUAUUUUUUCAAUAAUUAUUUUGUACUGUCAUUAGUUGUUUUGUACUUGUAUGUGUGUUGUUUAAAUUAUGAAAAAGGUAGUUGUCUAUCAGUCAGAGUGAAAAAAGUAAUUUAAUCCAACGCUAGUACAUAUUUUCGAAUACUUCAGCACAGUCUGUGUUAUUCUUUGCUAUUGCUACAUUUGCAUGUACUGGGUUCAUGAGGAGGGGGGUUAUUUGGUCAAAACAAACCUGAAAGGGCACUACUGUUUCAAAAGAAGAGACUACAAAGGCAGGAAGAUUCCACUCAAAGAAAGCCCUUACACUACCACCUUCCCCCACUGAGCCUCUUGACCCAUUAUUGCCCCACACCAAAGGCUACAACGUCUGUUGUCCAGCUCAUCACGUGACUGAUGUGACCGCAGUGAUUAAUGGUUGAUGGAGGAAGCAGGCAUGCGCUAAUUAAGACGUCAGCCACUUGAACUUCAAAACAUGGAGCACUUCCUCUUUUCAACCCACCGCCACACUCUUAUAAAUACAGGAUGUUCUCCUCAAAGGACUGCAGAAAAUCUUGAGAAUUUUUUGUUUGUAAGCAGGAGCCUCGUUGUCUGAAAGUGUCAAUGAAAUAAAAGAGGACAUCUCUUGAUUGUUCAGCUAUUGUGACUCUGCGGUCACUUUGCCGUCGGUGCACAAAAGUUGGCACUGAGCUGCACAUCUGUUUGCAACAACAGAGGGCUUUGAAGUUGGCCUCUGACGACACUGGAUGGUCAUUUUGUCUCUAAAAGACAUGUCGUAAGCACUCUGGGACAGACAAUCCGGUUUACUGCAGCUAAAGACUACGGUCCUAUUAGCUCUUUUGGGAAUGUGCAGGUACAAAGCUGUGGUUUUCCAAGCAACAUAAGCUGUCACCUCAACAAGAAUUUUUUGUGUAUACUGCUUUGUCCAUAGGGUGUCCAAGACUUUAACAUGCUGUUACAUUGUCUAAUCAGGAUUUAUUUGGUUAUAUGUGUUUGCAGAACAUGCCUUAUAAGUGCCAUGCUAAUUUUGAUUACAUUUGUCUAUAGCUAUAAAAAAUAUGUGAUUCCAGAUACCACGUGACUGCACCAGUAUUUGUUUUUCAAGUAAAGAAAAAAAAUGCAAUACUUGUACUUCUAAUUGUUCAUUUAUGUACAUACAUACAUGUACAGUGUUGCUUUUAU